AUGGGAGCAGGAGCAGGAGGAGAAGGAGAAGGGAAGGCCGCGCCGGCGCCGGCGACGAGGGUGCUGGUGGUGGACGACUCCCCCGUCGACCGCAAGGUCGUGGAGCUGCUGCUCCGGAACCACAAGGGCGGCGCUGCGCCAUUCCACGUUACCGCCGUCGACAGCGGCAAGAAGGCAAUGGAGCAUCUCCGGCUGAUGGGACAAGAGAGCCUGGAUUCAUCUGCCGCUCAUGCUAAUGAGCUAACCGUUGACAUCGUGCUCACUGACUACUGCAUGCCGGAGAUGACUGGCUACGACCUCCUCAAGGCCAUCAAGGCGUUGAGCUCCCCUAAUCCGAUCCCGGUGGUGGUGAUGUCGUCGGAGAACGAGCCCCAGCGGAUCAGCAGAUGCUUAACAGCUGGUGCCGAGGAUUUCAUCCUCAAGCCCCUCAAGACCAAGGACGUGCAGCGCCUGCGCAACUGCUCCAGCGCUACUAGACCACCCAAGGACGAUGCCGGCGCGGACGCCCAUCAGUGCGAGAGCUUCAGCAGCAGCAGAAAGCUGCGAUCCGAUCAGAAUCAGAUGGCCAAGCCUGGGAACAGAUCACAACUGACAGGAUUAACCAUGGUGCUGCAUGCCUCCAGCAUUGAAGUCUCGCACUACUUGCAGUUCCUCUUCAAGUUCGUGCUGCUCGUGUACGCGGUGCUGUGCCUGAGCGAGCUCCUCCACAGAUGGUCCAACGGCUCCGUCCUCUCCCUGUGGUCUGCAUGA